GUCACGUUUUGUGGGUCAUGUGCCGGGCUGGGCUGUAAGUGACAGUGAAGGAGAAUGGCUGAUCAAGCGGUGCCCGCUGAGAGACGUUUGUUUUUUGGCAUCAGAAUGGCUCAGCGAAUACUGACUUUUCUUGGUAUCCAUAAUCUGUUCUCCAGUGUGAGUUCUGUGGACAGGAUGUUAAGCAGGCCUUGGAUUUCCAUUGGAUGGAUGAGCAGCUGGCUACCGUCCUGGUGCCCCACCUCCCAGAACCAGCUCAGAACUGCAGAGGAGAAGAUGCUGGAAUGCAUCACAGGUAAAGUGUCCAAGCAGUAUGUCCAGAUCUCGGGCGGUAACAUGCUGUGGACUCUCACAAUGAACGGGAGUGUGAAGGGCAAGACUCCUCUAGUGUUGCUGCAUGGCUUCGGUGGAGGGGUGGGCCUGUGGGCCCUGAAUCUGGACACUCUGGCCUGGCAGAGGCCAGUCUAUGCCUUUGAUCUGCUGGGCUUUGGCCAAAGCAGCAGACCCCAGUUCAGCUCAGAUGCCCAAGAAGCUGAGCUCCAGUUUGUGGACAGCAUCGAGCAGUGGAGGGCUAACGUCGGCCUGGAGUCCAUGAUCUUACUGGGCCACAACUUUGGAGGUUAUUUGGCAGCAGCUUAUUCACUCAAGUUCCCCGCCAGAGUGAAGCACUUGGUGCUGGUGGAGCCGUGGGGCAUCCCAGAGCGUCCGGACACAGAGGACCAGGGCGGGACGGUACCCAUGUGGAUCAGAGCUCUGGGGGCCAUGCUGGGCCGUUUCAACCCCCUGGCAGGGCUCAGACUGGUGGGACCGCUGGGUCCAACCCUGGUUUCCUCUCUGAGGCCGGACUUCAAGAAGAAAUACUCGUCUGUGUUUACCGACAACACGGUCGCCGAGUACAUUUACCACCUCAAUGUCCAGACUCCUAGUGGUGAGACUGCCUUUAAGAACAUGACCGUCCCGUACGGGUGGGCUAAGAGGCCCAUGCUGCGGAGGAUUGGCCUGCUCCACGCCGACACCCCCAUUACGGUGAUAUAUGGGUCGCGCUCCAGCAUCGACGGGAACUCCGGCAGCGCUAUCAGAGAAAUGAGGCCAAACUCGCAUGUGGAGAUCAUAGCGGUCAGAGGGGCGGGUCACUAUGUGUUUGCAGACCAGCCUGAUGACUUCAACCGCAGAGUGCUCCGGGUGUGCGACGCGCUGGGCUGACUGGCGAGACCAGUACGCUGGUUAACCCGGAGAACCAGCACUUUGUAGCUGUCGUGACCGUAGCUUGUCGGCCCGGUGGCGCGCAUGGCCCGCGGGGGUCAGAGACCCGGGCCGAAGACGGGACUGGCCGUAAAACUGUGCCGUGCCUAUAUCACUAUAUCACACCAAACUAUCGUCUUCCCUUCAGGUAUGUAGCACAGUGGCUGCGGUACUGGCCCAGUAAUGGUGUUAACUAGGGAGAACCCUCACGUAUCAAACUGAGGGGGAUUUGACUGGACUGCUUGGUUCUGCUCUCUUGUUUUCAUUCACAGUUUUAUUCUAAUUGCAUUUUAUGUUUAACAGCCUUAAUGCUGUUUGAAUUUAAAAAAAAUAUUUUUAGAAUGAAACAGACUUCUUUAUAUUAUGAGAUUAUUAAAUUGUUCAUUUAAAUCAUGACAGCUCAUGUUGAUAUCUCAAACCAUAGAGAUUUGCUAAGUGUAUUAUUUAUUUGAAUACAAUGGGUGUGAUACAAUUAGGCCACUAGUUUUUCUGACAUCCCCAGGAUAACCCAAAUGCCUAUUUGUCAUUUUAAUGACAUAUGAUGUGAUCUGUAGCAGCAGUCAUUGCUGUGGAGCUUUUUUGUCUGUCUUUUUAUAUUUCCCAGUAGUGGCCUUUUAGUAGUGAUCAUUUUGAAAAUCACUACCUUAUUAUUCUUGAAUUUUAGACGAAAUAAACAUUGUUCUGCCGUAGUUCAGUUUUUUUGCUUCUGGAUCAGUGAAUGACAGACCUGGCUAUCCAGACACCUGUUAUUAAGCCAUUGUCUGGAGAAACACAGUAACAACAAACAACAGUGUUAUUCCCAUGUUUUCUGUUCAGGUUAAUAUCUGAUUGUUAAAGACUUGUAAAUAAUAAAGAGAUUUCUUUUAUGGUU